UCCUGCUGAUUGGGUUACUUUGUUUCUGGAUAUCAAACAGACACAGAUCUCAGCAAACAUGAAAUUCUUAGUACUGGCUUUCUGCGUGUGCGCCGCGAGCGCCGCCUCCUACUCCCGCCCAGGCUUCAGCAAUGUCGCCAAGGCCUCCGCCUCAGUGUUUGUGCAGCCCGCUGAAGUCACCAUCAACGCCGCCCCCGCCCCCGCCUUCAAGACCAAGCCUGAAACUUACGUCGCCAAGACAUACGUCAACGACGGCAAGGAUGCCUCCGCUGACACCGUGCGCUCCGAAGUUCAAGUGAACCCUGACAGCUACGCAUACACCUACGAAACCUCCAACGGAAUCUCUGCUGAAGCCCAGGGUGUCGUGAAGGAGCUCGAAAAGGGUGUCCAAACCAUGGUUGUCAGAGGUCAAUUCCAGUACCAGUCUCCUGAGGGCCCAGUCUCAGUGACCUACGUAGCCGACGAGAACGGAUACCAGCCCCAGAGCGACCUCAUCCCCACCGCCCCCCCAGUGCCAGCGGGCAUCCUCCGCGCCCUGGAGUACAUCAAGACCCACCACUACGAGGAGAAAAAAUUCGACAAGAAGUUCUGAGCUCACUUCCCUAUAAAACACGUAAACGCCUGCAAACUACGCGAAAAUGAAUCCGGACAAAGAGAAAGAAGUAAUUUGGACAAGAAACAGUUGAAUUUAUUAUGAUAGUAAUUAAAGUUCUAGAAGUGCCAUA